AUGGAUAGAUCAUGGUUGAGAGCUGAUAGAAGAACCAGAGAGUAUCAAUUAGGUGUAGAAGAAUUGUUGAUGUUUGCUUUUGAGCAUGGGUGUAAUGCAAAAAAACUAAGUUGUCCAUGUUUAAAAUGCGCACACACUAAAUCAUGGAAAGCUCAGACUGUUAGAAACCAUCUUUUCCAACAUGGUAUUGAUGAAACUUACACGCGUUGGAUAUGGCAUGGAGAGAAAAAUUUAGCUGGGACUCCUUCUUUAGAUGAGACAGACAGUACUGGAUCUGAUGGCCACGUCUACAGAGCAAUGGAUGGUGGUGAUGAAGAUUAUUACAGUUCUUCGGAUUCAUCAGAUUUUAUUAACCAUGUUCAAAGUGAACAAGAACCUCUUUAUCCCGGAUGUGAGAGUCACACUAGGUUAAGAGCGUUAGUUAAACUGUACAACUUGAAAGCAAAGCAUGAUAUGUCUGAUUCAUGCUUCUCUGAAGUUUUAAUUUUGCUUGGUUCUAUGCUUCCAGAAGGUAACACUAUCCCAUCCUCCUUUAAUGAAGCCAAAAAAACCUUAUGUCUGCUAGGAAUGGGGUAUGAAAAGAUUCACGUAUGUCCAAAUGAUUGUCUUCUAUACCGUGGCGAGAGAGAUGAGGAUGAAAUUGUUUGCCGCAUAUGUAAGGCCUCAAGGUGGAAAUUAAACAAGAAAGGAGAGGAACUUGAAGGGGUCCCUGCUAAGGUUUUAUGGUAUUUUCCGUUGAUACCAAGAUUGAGAAACUUAUUCAAUACAGAUCACAUUGCAAAGAACAUGACAUGGCAUGAUACCGAGCGACAAAAAGAUGGUAAAUUGAGACAUCCAGGAGACUCAAAAACAUGGAAAGAUGUUGACCAAAAGUGGCCUGAAUUCGCAUCAGAGACUAGGAACCUUCGACUAGCUUUAUCAUCUGAUGGAUUCAAUCCUUUCCACGGAAAUCGUACUGAUCACUCAACCUGGCCUGUAUUAUUAUCGAUUUACAAUCUUCCACCCUGGCUUUGUAUGAAGAAAAGAUGUAUAAUGCUUUGCUUGUUGAUAUCUGGCCCGACUGAGUCAGGAAAUGAUAUUGAUGUGUACCUCCAACCGCUUUUAGAAGAUUUACAGGAGUUAUGGAAUGGGAAGCAAGUGUACGAUGCAUAUAAGAAAGAGUUUUUUAUGCUUAGGGGAAUUUUAUUAUGGACAAUAAGUGAUUAUCCGGCUUUAGGUUGUUUGUCCGGCAAUGUCACUAAAGGGUAUAAUGCUUGUACAAUUUGUGUUGAUCAAACAAAUGCUACAAGGCUGGUUAAUUACCACAAGACAGUGGUUAUGAGGCAUCGGAGGUGGUUACCAAGGCAGCAUCCAUAUAGAAGGCAAAAAUCAGCUUUUGAUAACACUGUGGAGAAGGGCGUUCUCCAAUUCCUUUAA